GCACUCAUCUCACACUUCACUACAUUGUUGUUAUUUAGCAAGAUCUACGGAUUGUUUAUUGCACAUUAGCUAUUUACUUCACACAGAGAAUACACAUCUGUAAUUUGGGCUGGACAAGAUGGCCAGCUGCAAUUUUCAGGCUCAGUUUGUAUCCAUUAUGGAGGUAUUGGCUAAAGCAGCUGUAACAGAAAUAAACAAACGCGUAGAUGAUAGCUGUGCUGUUAUACGUUUGGAAAUGACCCAAAGCCAGCGAGAUAUUGAUGUACUGAAAAGGAAGUGUCACAUGAUGGAGAGCGAGCUGAAGAAAACGCGCAGACGAAAGGGUUUUUACCCCAUGGCAUCAGAGAGAUCUCCAUAUCCAGUCAAGAUUGUUUCGAACAAGCAGAAUAGUAGCUCACUGUGGAGAGACAGUGAGAUGUCUGUUGAAGGGGACUCUCAACCCCAGCCUACAGAUGUGGAGCAGAGAGUGGAGACUGAACCCAUACUGAUCAAAGAUGAGGAGACAGCAGAGGAGGUGUGGAAGACUGACCCUCAGGAAGAGCUCAGGAUUACUGGAGAGGAGUCUGGUUCCAAGCCUGGGAAACCGCCAUCCUUUGAGCAACAGCUCUGUGAUGAGGACUUCAUCACACAACCCAAUAUAUCUCCAAGAGACUCAGUGGAACAUUACCCCAAUUCUGAUCAUCCAGAGGAACCAGGCACACCCUGGCUAUCAUCUACAGAGGUGUUCAACACAGAGCAGCACCGGCCAGACGAGGACUCACUAGACCUAGUGCUGGUGAAGGAUGAGAAAGAGGAGGAGUUAGAUCCGACCACGGCCCUGGCAGGACCUGACCAGUUUGUUAUGGAUGAGACGGAUGGGCAGCUGUGGACCUCUGUGGGUCCAGGCAGAGACACUGACCCUGAUGGCCACCCAGAUUUCUCCUUUCAUUCCACAGAAGAGUACUCUCAGAAUAUCUCCAUUUUCCCAUCUCAUAGUGGGCUGCCAUCUGUUCCUACUAUGACAGAUGAAGUGGGGCCAUCGCUUCACUCUUCUAUAUGGAAACCACAUGCUAACAUGUUCAGUGCAGCAGCACACAUGAAAAGACAUAUCAGGACAAUGGCUGAUGAGACUAGACAACAGAUGCCAGAGGGACAGAGCAGUGAGAUGCUGAACUCAAGUAAUGAAGGAAAUAGUUUAGCUCUACAGCCAAGACUUCAUCAAUACAGGGCUUCAGAAGCAACAGUGAGAUUGAGUGAGUGCAUGACAGGGUCAAACAUGGCCACCACCUCCACCUUCUCUGGAUACAGCCUGAGUCACAGUAGUUUUAACAUGGUGAAGAGAAUGAGGACUCAGUGGAGAUCAGGCGGAAACACAGAGAGGCGUUUCAGCUGCACCUUCUGUGGGAAGAGCUUCCAGCGUCUCUGCCAGCUCAAAGUACACCUCCGGAGUCACACCGGAGAGAAACCGUACACCUGUGAACAGUGUGGCAGGAGUUUUACCAAGCAGUGCAACCUGAUCAGACAUGCUCUGGUCCACACCGGGGAGAAACCGUAUGAGUGCACACAGUGUGGGAAAUGCUUCACCCAGCGCUCCAAAAUGAAGUCACAUCAAAGAACUCACAUAGGAGAGGGUCCAGUCUCUCAAUACGUGGUACCCGCAUUCCCUGGGGAUCCACACACAAGUUUAUUGUUGUCUCAGAACAGAUGGAAUAAAUAGUUCAUAAUUGCAUAGUUUUUCUGUAACAAUUACGUAAACUACAUACUGUGUACUAAUCGUAUUACAUAGUAUUUAGAACGUACUGUUUUGUUAAUUGAAUGCCGCAAGCAAGAAAUACUAGGCUCCUCCUACUGAGAAGGCCUCAUCUAAUGUGCAAUUGCAUUGAUUCCCGACAUUCAUUUAUUUUGGUACAGCGUGUCUCAUCAGUUCUACCUUUUUCUCUCCUUUAAUAAAUACCAUACCACAUUUUCAGACAGGUUUCUUUAGCUUGUGUUCAUGAGAAUGGAAAUGACAAUAUUUGAUCAUAUAUAAAGCACUAGUUUUUAUGAAUGGCUGAAGUGUUUCUGUAUUUUACGUUUCACCACAGUGUCGUGCAUUAUGCAUCUAUAGCCUUUUAUGAUUGAUAACCAUGUGAGCCAUUG